GCCUCCAGUUUGUUUACAGUUUUAUAUGGCAAAUUCUGCAAACUUAUUGGACUUAUUUCACAGAAGAUAAGGAAGAUCUGUGAACUAUUGAUUCGUUGAUUAUACUGACCAACAGACGACAUCAGUCACCGCCAGCCAUCUUAGACAGACUUUUGUGUGGAUUAUCUGGGAUUAUAAAUCUUGUUCUGGAGCAGAGUAAGAUGCUUGACUACCUCCAGGACUAAACCCUGACCUUGUGCCACGCCCAUUUACUGCCUGUGCCAAUAAUCGCCCAGAGAGUGACACACCCACCAGUCUUAGCCAUGGCGACGUCUCCCCAGAACAAUUCUGAAAACACCUAUCUCAGUUUUGCCAACCCUAACUACCAAUUUGAAGACCGUAUGAAUUCCAACAUGAAGAAAAAUGGAAGUGACGACAAAGAUUCUAGUAUCUAUGAUGAUGUUGAUGACAUCAGCACAUUGUCCCUACUGGACCAGAAAUCCAACAAAAAUGGAACUACAAAUACCACUAAUAAGAACUAUACCCCAGAAAAGAAACGUCUCAUUUCUGACUCUUCCAGUGAAAAUCUGAGCUCUUCAGAAGGGGAGGAAGAUUUGUCGAGUGAUGAAGACAAUGAAAAUGAGUACAUCACAAUGUAUGAAACUAAAAAGCUGACUGAAGAUUUGAAUCGAGCCAAUGAGAAGGACUCGGCACAGAAGGAGGCAAAUGAUAAAGCGGGAAAGAAGAACCGAGGGUUCCUGGGAUAUUACAGUAUGUUGGAGUCAAAGGCAAGAGAAAAACAAGUCAACAUUCUUAGUCCAGAUACUGAGGAUGAACCAGAGAGUGCCAUGACAACACCAAGUGUGGAGAACCUCCGUAAACUCAAGUUUGAUUUGAACUCUCCAGAUUCCAAUGACAGUGGAAUCCAGUCAGAUGCUCGUUCUGAUGAUGGCUCCCAUCAUCAUGGUUCCAUCAACGACAACAUGUAUGCACUGUCCAACAAGACGUCAUUGUCUUCUAGCUCGUCUAUGUCUGCCAGUACCUCCAGCUCCAUAGAGGAGAAAGAGGACAGCAAGGAAGAUGAGCAGACACCCACAGGGGAAAACGACAAGGAUACAACAGUGCUGCCUGCGGGAUGGGAGAAAUGUGAAGAUGAAGACGGACCAUACUAUUGGCACGUCAAGAGUGGAACCAUCCAGAGGGAGCCACCGUCUCCUGCCCCACCGGAGACCAAACCAACGACCUUGAGAUCGAUAUCUGUCAACAGUGACAGUAGCACGCUGUCGGGGACAAGUACAAGUUCUGUGGUGUCUACACCCUCCAGUAUUAACUCCAACACAGAGGAACACCUCAAGACGUUUGAGGGUCAUGCUCUACAGUAUGCUGCCAAGUCUCUCCAGUCCCUGUCUUCUGGGAAUCUCCAAGUUCAGUCUCCUGAACCACCUGCAGAAAAGCCGAUGCGGUUCGCUGUGCGUUCCCUCGGAUGGGUCCGUAUAGCGGAGGAGGAUUUGACCCCAGAGAGGAGCAGCAGGGCAGUCAACAAGUGCAUUGUGGAUCUGUCACUUGGACGUAACGACAUCAACGAUGUUGUUGGUCGCUGGGGAGAUGGUAAGGAUCUAUACCUGGAUCUGGACCGACACAGCCUCAGACUGGUGGACACCCAGGACUUUUCCACCCUUAACUCACAACCAAUCCAGUCCAUCAGGGUCUGGGGGGUUGGCCGUGAUAAUGGCAGGGACUUUGCUUACGUUGCCCGGGAAAAACAGACGAAGAAACAUAUGUGUCAUGUGUUCCGUUGUGACACACCUGCACGACAAAUCGCCAACUGCCUGCGGGAUAUCUGCAAGAAGAUAAUGAUGGAGCGCCGUCUGCAGGAGAAUGCAGUUGUACAACGCCUCAGUCGUCCUACAGACCUGCCAAACCUUGGCAAAUCUUCAGAGCCAAAUGGGCAGAAACUGUCCUUCCAGUCUCUUUAUAAUAAUGCCUCUUUUCCCACCCCAAUGGAAGAGCCUAAGAAGAUCAUUCGUUGUCAUUAUAUCGGCCUUGAGUGUGUCACUAGACCUACAGGUACAGAGGUGAUCAAUGGGGCUAUUGAUGCAGCUCUCAUGAGAGUUCCACCAGAAAAAUGGCUGUUUGUCAACGUGAACAUUGCUCCCUCUACCAUCACAAUCUCCGAACAUGGGAAACCUGAGAACAAAAUUGAUGAGUGUCGUGUGAGGUAUCUGUCAUUCAUGGGGAUUUCUGUUACCAAUCCAAAAGUGUGUGCAUUCAUCAAUCAUGGUGCCGAGGACCAGUUUUAUGCCCAGGUGUUUCACUGUGAACCAACCGCUGGACCGCUUUGUAAAACUAUAGAGGCAGCCUGUAAGCUGCGGUACCAGAAGUGUUUGGAUGCCCACCCAACAACCCCUACCCCUAAACAACCCACAGGCAAGACAUUCGGUGCUUGCUUCAGACAUAGUGUCCAGAAUAUGAUUGAAACACUCAAGUCACCCACCAAGUAACUACCCCGUAUAUGGACAGCUGCUGGGGGUGUUUUUUCUGCUCUCAACACCUAGCCAAACACUAUCAGCUGCCAUACAGGAGGAUGUAGUGGGCGUACAGCCACAGUCAUUAGGAUAAGGUUCCUGUCAUAUACUGCAUAUGUUUUCUGUGGUCAGGUGACACUCUUUAAGAAGUAGCUGUAGAUUUGUGUGUAGACACUCAUUUUAGGUCAUAGGUCAGGCAUGUCAAUCAAAAUGUCAUUAUUGUACAAUAGACAUUGUGAUUAUUGAAAUUAUUGAACAUUUGAUAAUGCUUUUGAUUUUAAUGUGAUGAUGUAAAUGUUUCAAGCAUUCAAGUGACACUGAUAUAUGAUGUGGAUGUUCAAAGCAUUCACAUGACACUGAUUUAUUAUGUGAAUGGACCAAACUUUGACAUUGGGUUUUGGUUUAUAAUUUUUAAACCACAUGGUUGAUGCAUUAAUAACAUGUACCAUGCCUGGAGUAUUUGAUGUGGAAUCAUUUUGUCUUUUUGUGAUGGCUUUAUUUUGUAGAUUCUUUAUCACCAAGCUGUUUGUUAUAUACCAAUCUUUUAUUAUGAGUGUUAAGAGUGUUACUGAACCAUCUUUUUUCAUUGUAAACUUUUACAUAAUUAUAUAUAUGUAGGAGCUAGAUUGUGUAUCAUUUACUAAACUCAUCAGCUGACAUUACGGCCUGUACACAUUAUGUGUGUUGGUCCUUGACAGUGACAAUAAGUGGUUGUGUGUCACACCUGUCUUUGUGCAAUAAUCAUUCACACUCUCAUUAGAAGCAUUACAUGAUCAACCUUUCCUGUAAAGCCAGUGUCUGCUUGUGUACUGUAGUGUUACACAUCUGUUUGGUGUCAGUUCUAGAGUCUCAGUUUUACUUAUUUGAGAUAAGACAAAGAUUUUUGUACUGUUUACAAAUUACUCUUUAAAAAGAGUAUCAGUUUAAGUUGUAGGAUUGUGAUUAACAUGUGCACAAUGACAUUUCAGUUUUUAUUUCAUUUUAUGCAGAUGAGGUUUUAAAGUUGAUUAUUUAAGCAUCUAAUAACCUUGUAUAUAGAUGUUGUUGUAUGAUCUUGUGUUUUGUUUGAGUUUUUUACUGGAAAGAUCUGCAUUAUUAGAUCUUGUAUGUAUUACUAAGUGAUACCAUAUUAUUUUAUCA